AGGCGCGUUGUGGGUCCACCGGCUUCGUCUCCCGGUGUUGAGAGCCGGGCUGGCAGGGCGGGCGCGCGCGCCGUGUGUGUGGAGGGAGCGCGCGCCGGGGACGCGGGCGGUUCGAGGGGUCGGACCCGGCGGCCUCGCGAGCCCGACCGCCUCUGAGGAGCGGGCGCCGAGAUGGCCGAGGGCAGCGCCGUGUCUGACCCUCAGCACGCCGCGCGCCUGCUGCGAGCACUCAGCUCUUUCCGCGAGGAGUCCCGCUUCUGCGACGCGCACCUGGUCCUCGACGGGGAGGAGAUCCCGGUGCAGAAGAAUAUCCUGGCAGCCGCCAGCCCGUACAUCAGGACAAAGUUAAACUAUAACCCUCCAAAAGAUGAUGGAUCCACUUAUAAGAUUGAACUUGAAGGGAUAUCGGUAAUGGUUAUGAGAGAGAUCCUGGAUUACAUCUUCAGUGGGCAGAUCAGGCUGAAUGAAGAUACGAUCCAAGAUGUGGUACAGGCGGCAGACCUGCUGCUGCUGACGGACCUCAAGGCUCUGUGCUGUGAGUUCCUAGAGGGCUGCAUUGCAGCAGAGAACUGCAUCGGCAUCCGGGACUUCGCUCUGCACUACUGCCUGCACCACGUCCACUACCUGGCCACCGAGUACCUGGAGACUCACUUCCGGGACGUCAGCAGCACAGAAGAAUUCCUGGAGCUGAGUCCUCAGAAGCUCAAAGAAGUGAUUUCUCUUGAGAAGUUGAAUGUCGGCAAUGAAAGAUAUGUGUUUGAAGCAGUAAUUCGAUGGAUAGCACACGACACAGAAGUCAGAAAGGUCCACAUGAAGGAUGUCAUGUCAGCACUGUGGGUUUCAGGGCUGGACUCCAGUUACUUGCGGGAACAGAUGCUGAACGAACCGUUGGUACGAGAAAUCGUCAAAGAGUGCAGCAAUAUCCCGCUCAGCCAGCCGCAGCAGGGGGAGGCCAUGCUGGCGAGCUUCAAGCCCAGGGGCUACUCCGAGUGCAUCGUGACCGUCGGUGGGGAGGAGAGAGUUUCCCGGAAACCCACGGCAGCGAUGCGAUGUAUGUGCCCCCUCUACGACCCCAAUCGGCAGCUUUGGAUUGAACUGGCCCCUCUGAGCAUGCCGAGAAUUAACCACGGCGUUCUCUCAGCAGAAGGAUUUUUGUUUGUAUUUGGAGGCCAAGAUGAAAAUAAGCAGACGCUGAGCUCGGGAGAGAAGUACGAUCCAGAUGCAAAUAUGUGGACCGCGUUGCCACCCAUGAAUGAGGCAAGACACAACUUCGGCAUUGUAGAAAUAGACGGCAUGCUGUACGUUUUAGGAGGGGAGGACGGGGACAAGGAGCUGAUCUCCAUGGAGUGUUAUGACAUCUAUUCUAAAACCUGGAUGAAGCAACCUGAUUUGACCAUGGUUAGAAAGAUUGGCUGUUAUGCAGCUAUGAAAAAGAAAAUCUAUGCCAUGGGUGGAGGGUCGUAUGGAAAGCUGUUUGAGUCUGUGGAGUGUUACGACCCCAGGACCCAGCAGUGGACUGCCAUCUGUCCCCUGAAAGAGAGGAGGUUUGGCGCUGUGGCCUGCGGCGUUGCCAUGGAGCUAUACGUGUUUGGGGGCGUCCGGAGUCGUGAGGACAUCCAGGUUAGCGAAAUGGUCACCUGCAAGUCUGAAUUCUACCACGAUGAGUUUAAAAGGUGGAUCUAUCUUAAUGACCAGAACUUAUGCAUCCCCGCCAGCUCCUCCUUUGUUUACGGGGCCGUGCCCAUAGGAGCCAGUAUUUAUGUCAUUGGAGACCUUGAUACAGGUACUAACUAUGACUAUGUGCGUGAGUUUAAAAGAAGCACAGGGACCUGGCACCACACAAAACCACUCCUUCCAUCUGACCUGCGCCGCACCGGGUGUGCAGCUUUACGAAUUGCAAAUUGCAAGCUUUUCCGCCUGCAGCUUCAGCAAGGCUUAUUCCGCAUUCGUGUCCACUCGCCUUGAAUAGGAAGCAGAGCAGGACGUGCAACCCUGUGCUGAGUGCGCCAUUGCGUAGCUGGACGUGACGGAGACCCGAGGUGCAGCCAAAACUUGCUCUGUGUGCUGGGCUUUGGGGUGGUAACUGCAGUGGUCUUGGAAAGCUUAGGGGCUUGAGCUUCUGCUCUGGUUGGGAGACCAUGUAACUUCAAACACUACCAGAGGAAGCAGGUCCUCAGGUUAGCUGUGUCCACAGAUCAUGGCGGGUAAUGAUGUCCCAAGGAGGAGAGAGUGGGAAUGGGGAUGAGAUCCAGUAGCAGAGCUAAACCCUAUGGUGCAUUUUCCCUGAAGGGAACUCCUAUCUGACUGCUAUGUCCAAGGUACGUGGCUAUGGAAAACAAACAAAACAACCCAUAUAUGCAAAUCAACAUAUCCACACAUACCAAGAUUGCUUUUCUACUGCACUUGGAAGGAUUUAUUAUGCCUCUCCCCGCCCAGUGAAUUAGUCUGUGCCUAAAAUGUUAGAUUGGACUCUGUGCCAGUUAGUCUCUAUUACUAGUGCUCUGUCUUAAGAAUUUUUUUUAAAACUGUUAUGAUGAAUUGACACUAAGAUAAAAUCUCUCUUACAGUGUUCUGUCUUAGCAAUGUCAAGAUUCAGUAAGUUGAUUGUCAGGUUGCAGCCUUCAUGUGAACUGACAGGAAGUUGCUAACCUCUCGGUCACUUUUUGAUGAAGACAUGUCAUGCUAUAAUUUCUAGGGCAGUCCUUUCGGAGUUGUGAAGGAGCUCAUGCAGUACCAUUCUUCCUUUUAUAAAAAUGAGAAUAUUAGUGGGUAGGAGAUUUUAUAAAAGAAAGACCUGAGUUAGACAAGUAAUCAGAGUCUGCUGACUUCAAAAAAAAAAAAAAAAUCUGUCCAGAUGAAAUGCAUAGGGAUCAAACCUUUUUUAGUAUAAUCUGAAAGCACACAAAGUCUUGUUUACUACUGUCUGGGAUUCAAAAACUUGUUUUAGAAUGGGAGUUUGUGUUGAAAAGCUAGGCUCUGUAAUAGAAUGUCCCCAAUGCUGUUCCCUGGUGUUUUAGACAAAUUAUGAGCAACGUUUGGCUGGUAGAAUAAACUACCUCAACUUAAUUUCAUUCUGUUCUUAGUAGAGCAAAUUCCUCUUUCCUCUUUCCCUCCUUUCCUGUUGCUCAUUCCUACCACAGCCCUCUCCAUCCUCUCCCCUUUAUGGGGAGAGAAUUCUCUCAUUGGUGGAACUUAUCUUGUAAGACAUUUUAUUUUCCAUUCAAAUUAUACCACUUUGGUGUGAAAUCAGGGACUUCAAAGUGCUUGAUUACUUCAUAGUUUGGAUUUUAUGCAAUAUCAAAUUUCUAAUCAAUGUAAUAUAGAGUACUUCAUUUCUAAUUGUUUUCUACAGCUUUAUUUCCUCUUAUAGUAUGGCUCUAAGAAGCAACAUUUUGUCUUACUGAUGAAUAAAUGUAUAAAUACUCCCAUUGGUUGUAAAUUUGGGAGCAGGAAUUUCUCCUCUGAACUUCCCAUGUGGAAUGUUGUAUGCUGUAAUUGUGCACAGGAAACAUUGCUUAUGUUUUCCCACCUAUGGUCGUGAAGAGGGUGACCCAGCUGCACUUUUCUUUCUUACACCUGCUGCAAGUCAGGCAACACCACACAGGUUGCUGAAAGAGGCCAGGCCUGUGGGGUUCUAAGGAAUGGCAGAUGUGGCGCCUUAACUGUAUUGUGGCCAGAAGGUUUUGACAAGAGAAGGUAUAGCGUUUUUACCUUAUGUCCCUGGGGUACUGGGCCAGACGGGCCACGCACUCGUGCAAGCCAAGCCAAUCCAGUGUCAGUCAAAGCCGGGUUUCGAAUUGUACAUCAUUAGCCAGCUGUUGUCUGCGCAUUCCCCCCCCACACACACCUUCGGACAGCUUUCCAUCACAGCAAGCUGAGUCCACUCCAAAGAAGGAGCACUUUCCUUUUACGAUUAGGCAUUAGCUUAGAGGAGAUAAAUUGCUGGGAAGUGCAUUUGCUUUGGUGGCGUAACCCCCACGGCACCAGGGCUUGGCGUUCGGGAGCCGCAGCUGGGGACUUGAAGUAGGAACUGGCGCCCCGUAGGUUCCUGCCAUGCGGGUCAGCAGUGCUCCGACCUCAGCUCCCGCAGUUCCGGUUCCUCCCGGGCCAGAGCUCUCCGGGGAGGCCGUUCAUCAUCUAGGAGUGAGUGGGUCCUGCUGCAGCCUUAGCAGUGCCUGUGUGACUUGUAAGUUCUCUUGGACACUUUUUAUAAAAUUCAGUUCGUUUACAUUGUAGAUGCAGAAUUUAAUGUUUUAUAAAGUAAAUUUGCCAUUGAAUAUGGAUGCAAUAACCGACAAAAGCUGCUAAGUGCCAAACUUCUGUUUUACUUUACAUAGAUUUAAAAGUUAUGUUGGAGUGUAGGGCUUUAUUUAACUUUAUUAUGUUCCAAAACUAACCAACUUUUUUGUAAAUUAUACUUAUUUCAGUAUUGUGAAAUGAGUUGUAACUCAUUUCAUGCAGGUUUGUGUUUUAACAUUCCACUUACGCCUUGGAACAUCAUUUCUUGGUAAAUCUUCUGUAGUUCUUUCUCCACAGUGCACUUUGGCCAGGUGCGUGUUGCCCUUGGCAGCUGAGGACAGGUCGGAAGUUGUCUGUGCAGUGUCUUUGGGGGUGCAGGCGGUGGGGGAGGGGAGCUCUGCAGUCCAAAAGGUGUUUGUUUGUUGCUUUGUUUAACGCAUCCAAACAGAUUUUUUUAAGCUUUUAAUUUGAAUUGAAGUGUUCUGAGAGCGCAUGUAUCCUGUGAGAGGCGUGAGAGGUGAGCAAGGUGAGCUUGUAUGCCGUGCUCUGUGACCUGAUGUGUCUGUGUUCACCUUGGACCUGUAGUUCCGUCCUGCACGCAUUACUGUCUCCUGGUGCUUCAGAUGAACCCUCGAGCCCUGACCUUCGUCUACACUGUGGUGUUCAACUCAUGAUUGUAAAUGUGAGAAAAUGUGUCAUGCACAGUAAGUUUUGCCUGGUGUUGGCAUUUCUCUUCGUUACCGGGGUUGAAAUCAGCAUUUACAGCUAGGAGUUGGUACAAGGUAAAGAUGUGGCCUGAGAGUUUUAGCUUCGUGUCUCUCUGCUGUGAGGAGGUGAUCACUCAUGUAGGCUUUUCAAACUGUGUGGCAAUCAAAAAAGGCUGCUGGGUGUGUGUGUCCUGUCGCCCCGCGUUUUAUAGUGGGGGUGAGGAGGAGACUCCCUGGCCAAGUGCAGGGAGUGCGUCCUUCAUCCUCGUGAGGAAGGGGGCACCAGGUACUGCAGGGCAGUGAGUGAGGUUUUUAGGGAUGUCGCCCACGCUCUGUCAGGCCCCUGCUCCAUUCCUACACUGUGCUUCCAAGCAGGGAGCCCAGAAGUGUCCCAGAGAGAGCCAGGAGCUGUGCGGUGUCUCCUCCGCAGCGCUGCUUCCCCGAUGACAUUCGGUACCAGGCAGGACGACAGCUGCUGUCCCUCCAAGGAUGCCCCUGGAGCCGCGAGAGCCGAGGAGCCCGCCUGGCUCAGGCCACAGGCGUCUCGCCACCUCCCUCGCCCAUGGUAAACUCAUUGGGCUCUGGGCAGGGCCCCUGUCCGUGUCACUGCUGGGAUCUGCCUGCGUGUGGUAGGGGGUGCAUCACUGUUUGGUGAGUGAAGAUAGAAUCCUCUUGGUCAAAGUGAUGCUCUUCACUGGAUGGAAACGCAGUUUUGCUGGAUUUCAUUUAUUUAUUUAUUUAUUUAUUGGUACCGGGGAUCGAACUUGGAACCUUGUGCUUUCGAGGAAGGCGGUGGAACCACUGAGCUACAUCCCCGGCCCUUGCUGGAUUUUAAAUGAAGAGCGUUGUGCACCGGGGCUGGCCUUGGGUAGAGUAGGAAGCUAGCAUAGAAUAAAAACUACAAAGUGCCUGCUGCAUAUAACACAAGCCUGUGUUCCGCAUGCGCCCUGGGACCCCUGAGACCCGGGCCCAGGACCCCGAACUCCCCCGUGCCCUGAGCAAGUCACACAGGUGCUGGCUGACAGGCGUGGGUUUUGUCAGUGAGCCACAGGACCUGUGACCAUUCAGCAGGGCCAGAGAACAGAACCCGGGGUGCCCGUCUGAAAGACAUGGGGCAGCCCGGUCAGGAGCACGGCAGCAUCUUCCCGUGCCAGCCCACCCCAUCUGUAGGGGAAAGACUUGACCUUGAGGGUUGAGGACAGCGGUUUUGCUGGUUGAGAAGCCCUGAGAAGCCCUCAUCUGCUCCCUGGAAAUUAAACACUGCUUGAGGGCGCACUCACGCCCACAGCCCUUCUGCCGCCUGGAGAGAACAGGAACUUGGGUGGGGCCUGCCCUGCUGACCUGCAGCUCUCAGUGGUGCUGAACUAAAAUCGUUCUCUAUUUUUUUUGCUGGUAAAACUUUUUAAAGUUUUAUAUUUUUCAGGAGUAAUUCUGUUGUUAUUUUAGUUUUACAUAAUAGUUGCACUUAUGUGAGGUGAGGAGUCUGUUUAUGCUUCUGAACCCCUUGAUUGGAGGGGAAGCAUACAAUGUAGGGACGUUUGCCCUUUUUCAGCUCUUGUCAUUGGAAUUCUCCAAGUGAUUGCAUUUUUUUAACUCUUUCCCUUUCUUGUGAAACCAAAUAUCUGAUAAAUAAAACUAUGUGAUUAAUUACUUAAUGAGAAAUGCCUGCUUUUGAUUUUGGAAAAACAACCAGUCUUUUUAAAUUGCUAUCCAAGUGAAUUUGGCCUGAUGAUAAAUUUUGAUAGACAUUCUCGUAGCCCAGCACCGUUGCUGAGCUUCCAGCUGUGCACUGUCAUGAGCAGAUGUGCAUUGUGAUUCUUAGGGCACUGCAGUUUGGAUUAGAGAAGCCCAGGAGGGUGGCAGUGAUGCCCCACAGAGUUGGGGACACACCACAGAGGCAAAAGGGGCAGUCAGCCAGGUCAGGUAAGGAAUGGCCUCUUCGGCCAGGAGCAGGAGCAGAGACGCGCCUGUAAUCCCAGCACUCUGGGAGGCCGAAGCAGUAAGAUGGUAAGUUCGAGCCCAGUGUGACCCUGUCUCAAAACAAACAAAAACAAACAGAGGAGAUGGGGAUGUAGCACAGUACAGACCCUGGGUUCAAUCCCCAGUACAGAAAAAAGAAACAAAUGGCCAUUUAUUUCAAAUGAUUCAAAUCUCAAGUCCAUACAGGGUCAUUUUCUUGAGUUCGGCCCUCUUUUUAGUGUUUUGAUACAAAUAGGUUUAGAUACCUUGUUUUUACUUAUACUCAUCAGACUUGAAAGAUGUUCCUUGGAACUUUGGGUUAGACUUUUCCAGUUACACCUGAGAACUUGAUUUACAUACGACUCCACAUAGCUGUCUUUAUCAUGUUUCCUGUUUAAUUGGAUAAGAAUUAUAUGCAUUUACUCCCCUGUUCUUUGUGUUUGUAGGAAAACUGUUCUCAGCUACCUCAUUAUGUAGUGUUGUGCUUGAUCCCCUGCCAGAGCAGAAGAAUUCAACACUUUUGUCCUUAACAAAGGCCUGGAAGCAAGCAGUGAGUGGCCUUGAGGAGUACAGUUCUCUAAGGCAUAUUUUCCACUUUACUACUUUUUUUAGAAUAGGCACUUUUAAUCAGGAGGAACAAUAAUUCUCCUCGAACUACUGCAAAAUGACUACUUGAAACUCAACAUGAACUUUAAAGAGUCUUUAAAAGGGUCUGUUUUCAUAUAGCAGGAAGGGAGUCUAUUUAAACACCACCGCUGUGUGAAAUAGAGGGCUUAAUUUCCCUGCUUGUUAGGGUCAGAAAGGAAAAUGCGUCUCUCUGCCAUUGGACCCCGGGUUUGGAGCCCAGGUGCUUGAGACCACUGAUUUUCCUUUCCUGUCAGGUGCUCUUGUCUCCCAGGAAGCUCCCAUUUGGAUAGGAAUAUUCCUGUCUCUGUCAGUUCUAACAGCCCAGGACUUUACAGUUAGAACCUGAGGCGUUUCUGCAGUACGAGUUGGAGCCCAGCCACGCUACACAGAAUUGCAUUAUGCUGAAGUGGUGAAAGAUGGCUCUGCCCCGAGCCCCUCGUGUCAGGGGAAUGUCCCCAACUCCCUGCGCCUGUGCCUUCUCCACGCCACACGUGAGAGGCCUUCCUGCUGCAUCUGUCAGCUUACCCAGUCCCUAGGGCCCCAGGUCAGGCGGGAGGCCCUGAGGGUGCAGCAGCUGCAGGCAGACCCUCCCUCUGGGAGCAACCUCCCCUCUGACCCGACCCGGGAACCACACGGCCUCCUUCAGUGGGGGACUUUGAUGGUCCUCAGUGGUCAAGAGUUAUACCCAGCCUCAAGCCUGCAAAUAUUCAGAAUAACUUAACUUCCAGUGAAAUCUAAAAUUUGGCUGUCUUUAUUCAUUACUAAGACCUAAUUUGAACACAGGGCAUGGUGGUGAAUGCCUCUAAUCCAAGGGCUGUGGGAGGCUGAGGCAGGAGGAUCACAUGUUUGAGCCCAGCCUGGGCAGCUUAGUGACUUAGACCUGUUUCAAAAUUUAAAAGGACUGGGGUGUAGCUCAGUGCGAAGGUCCUGGCGUUCAAUCCCCAGACUAAAAAAAAAGAGAGAGAUUGUAUAGUUGUGCUUUUCAGAGUGAGCUGCUUGCUCAUGGGGGGAUGGGGAAGCUUCUCAGACGACAGCGACUGCGCCCCCUACCGGCCCGGCAGCAGACCCAGACCCUCCCCAAGAUUGUUCUUCCCUUCUUCUCCAGGGGUGGUGCGGGGUCUCCCUGGAUGCUUAGGUGCAAGUCCUCUUGAGGAGCUGACCCAGCGGUCGGGGCGUGGGCUCUGGGCUCAGGAGCCUCGAAGUCCGCUUCCUCCCUGUCCCGGCGGGCGCCAUGGGCCAUCCCCUCUGGGGUGCAUCGGGCGAACUCUCCCCUGACUGUCCCCGGCCUUGCGGCCACUGCAUCCACUGUCUGUGCUACGAAUGACACAAGGAUUGUCUUUUCUCUGUGUGUUUAUGAAAUUACUUACUUCUGUACCUGUGUCCCCCUUCCGCAUCUCUAACCGUAUUCUGAUAACUCUUGAUACCUGAAACACCCCAGAAAGGCGUGUUUAGCGGAUUGAGCGUUGUGAUAGCCUAAUGAGGUCCAUUAAUAACACUUAAAAUUCUUUACCAUAGUUGAAUCUUUCUUUUGACUUUCACUAAAAUAUUGGCCAAACUCUUUUCUUGAUCUCUGAGAUCAAUAGGCCUAAACUAUACUUUCUUCCCUUGAAUAUUAUACAAAACUUAAAACUAAGCAAGCAAAUCUGCAUCACGUGUUGUGGGGGGGUAUCUGGACCUUCAAAUAGAGAAGGUCAUUGACAGUGACCCCAAAGUGAAUUCCUGAGCCCCUGUACACGGCACCCCUUCAGCUGGGUCUCGAUUCUGAGGCUGGCGGAUUCAGCUGCAUGUGCCAUGCCCGAGGUCAGGGUGGCAGGAGGUGUCAGAGCCCUUCCUGGUGUCUCCUGUAUAAGCGAAGGAGGGAACUGGGCUGGCAGGGUGACAGCAGCAGGCACACAGUCAGACCCAACCUCGUGGUCAGCGUCGCCUCAUCCUUGUGCCGUUUCAUCGGUGACUGCUGUAGAAGGGGGGCCACUGUGUGGCUCGGAGACCACAGGCCCCUCAGUGCCUUGCCUGGGGUGGACAAAGACAGUGGGCUGCACACACAGGGAGGAGGUGGCUGGGUCAGCAGCUCUGGCUCUGGACCAGGCCUCGAGAGUGAGCAGGGCCGAAGGCCUGUCCCUGCCCUCUGAGGGUGACAACAGGGUGACAGCCGGCUGAGCUUUGGGUCUAUUGUAAGGGCGGGGUCUGCGCACCCACCGAGGGAAAUUGGGGGAGGGAGCUGCCUUGCAGUGACCCAGUGUCUCCUAGCGCACCCGUAAGGCGGCCCUGUAGCAGCAGAACAGCCACCACAGGCUCCACCUUGAGUCCACGGCACUGUGGCAGCCCCUUCUCCGUCUACACCCAAGCGUGUGGGUUCUCCAGCUUCGCCCCUCAUUUCCAGGGCACUCCCUAAACCCGCUUGUCCGGUAGGCCCAUGCUUCCUGCACUCAUGCUCCUCCUCCUGACCCUCGCUGCCCGACAGACUGGACAGAGCCGGGAGCUGGGCCUCAUGCUGUAGUCCCCAUGCCACCUGCCUCUGGUUUCAUCUUGUGCCCCUGAGCUCUGGGGGGAGAGGGCGGGCUGGGAUCGCAGGGAGCGGCCCGCAGUCACUCGCUCUCGUGAUCUUUGACUUGAGCUAGCGUUGGUUUCUUUCUGUGGCCACCCAGAGGUGCUGCCAGGACCCAUCUCGGGGAACAUUGGCCCUCACCACGGUGGUGCAUCUUCCUCUGCCAGUUUGGGGACUUGCAUCCCAUCCCGGGGAGGAGGGUAUUGUGCUCCUCUUGAUGAGAACGUUCUUAUUUACUCUUCUCCUGGCUGUCAGCUCGCCACCUGCCCUGUUCCUCCAUCCCAUACUUCUCCUGGCCUGGUUUCCUAACUGGUUGAGUUAUGCAGUAAAGAAAAGAGGAAAAGAAGGGACAUGAAAAUCACUCUUCUGGUUCCUCAGACCACAUUGUGUCCAGAGCGUCAGCUUCCCGGGACUGGUGGAGGUGCCGACCUGUCGCCCGGGCCCAGGAGUUUGCCGGACCCAGCCCUGGGCCUGAGGGCUGCCCUCCCUCUGUCCCUGCCCUGAGCAGCUGUAGCCUAGGGCAGCCACCCUCCCUGAGCGGACAGGCCCGGCCUUACCUACUACCUCAGCACCAGCACCCAGUGCAGCGCUGUGUGGCCCCAGCUGCCCAGGGAGCCAGGCUCAGGCCCCAAGUCCCCUUCAGAACUCGAAACUCUUCCUAAACAAGCGCCAUGCUGCUUCCGCUGCAGGAAGCCUCGGCGGGUCCUGGGUCCUGGGUCCUGGCUCCUGGUGCGUGUUCCCUAGAGCAGCCUGGUACCAUUGUCUCCUCCUCUGUUAUUAAGCUCUGAGUUAAACACACCCUGCACUUCAAAUUGGGAGCCGAAUCUGAAAUCAGAACUCUUGUUUACAAUGAAAGACCACCUUCUCAUAUUUUUGUCAGAAGAAAUUUUUGCUUCAAAAGAAAUUCCAGAAUAUGUUUCUUAUUAUCCUAGCAUAGUUCAUUGAACUUGACUCUGAUCUUUAGAGAAAAAUCAUGGAGGAUGUGGUACAUGGAGGGAAAGAGUGUUACCAGCUUUAGGAAAUAAAUAAACCUUCAAUCUCUAUGCAUUGCAACAUCUAACAAAUUUUCCAUGAACGUAAUCUGAAUUCUGGAGGAGUAAAUAGUUUACCGUUGGGCAGUGGAUUGAGUGGCCUUGAGUUGAGAAAAGCACAGGCUAUUUUAUUUAGCAAAACUUGCUUACCUGAGUAAUCCGUAGCCUUUUCUGCAUGGUGUUUGCUUCCUCUGGAUCUCACUUGUAACUGGGCUUUUGUUUGGCUCCUCCUUCCCUGCAGCCCCCAGUUGAGGUGACAGAGGAGUGCUAUUUAUUCAGUGUUGUUUUGUGUCACACCCUUUGUGGAUUGUGACCACCAUGAAAAAAAGUGGCAGAAACGCUGAGCACCAUUGCAGCGGGCUCUAUGGUUUGCACCAUUGGAGCCCAGAGUCUGUGGGUCCCCCAGGCCUCCAUCCUUGUCAGGAUGCUGUGUUGCAUCGCUAUGUCCCCCAGGAUGAGGGUGUCUACCCCAGCUGUGAGUGAGCCCGACCCGCAGCACACUGCACCUGUGGAGAUGUGUUUGGUUUUUGUCACCGGUGUGGGUCUUAGGCUACAAGAGAAAUCUGUCAAGGAAACUCCUUAAAACAGGGCUGUAAACUCAGCUGGACACUACCAGAUUUGCAGUGGGCCUGGUCCCACAGGACGGCCAGCCCCGCUGCUACCACGCCUGCUGGGGUGUGCGGGGCAGCUAGUGCGUGACAGUCACCCACCCCAAGAACUGGUUCUUAGCACGCUCUUGAUUUGUCGUUUUGGAUGCAUUUAAUAGCAUAAGGAAAAUUCCAUAAAAACCAUAGAAAUUCCAGGUUCCAAAUAUACCAUGCCCAAGUCCAUCUUGUUAAACACAAAUCUGUUUAAUAUAUCUGUGUUUUCUGGCAUGGUACAUGUAGAUGGUUUUUAAUUUAAAUCCGGGAACCUUUACUAUCUAGUAAAGUUCCAAGUUCCGAGGUCUGCUUUGACGUGUAUUCAGAUGAGGGUGUUUUAUGUGUGGUAAAGUAUCUUCUUAAAUAGUUCUCGUACGGAAAAACAGGGAUUUGCAAUGAACAUACAUAAGUUAAGCACAUUAUAUAUAUAAGUUAGCACAUUAUUAAAGUUCAAAAUAUCUGAAGAUUGCAACUUGUAAAAUUGUACUCCCCGAAUUCAAUGAGAUAGUAGAGCAAUUGUGCUAACUUGAUUUUGUUGGAAUGCCACUUGUCUCAUAUCCUGUGGUCCAAAUGUUGUAUCGGUUUAUUCUGGGGGGUAAUCUAUUCUUUUGCUGGUGUGAAAUUUGGCAAAGUCAGAAAUGAUUUCUAAUUCUGUAACCUUUGGUACAAAGUUGCUUUAUGGUUUACAAGUAACCUGUUAACUCUUAAAUUAAGCAGCACGCACUUUGUUUCUACACAGGUGUGGUGGGGUAACUGUGGGCCAGACCUGUCCCCUGGGGAGAGCGCGCAUUGCCACUGUGCUGUUCCCUGGUACCAAGGCACAGUGAGCGUGUUUUAUCUUUUUUACGUAGUUUGUAUUGACUGGAUUUUAUAACUGUAAGAAAACAGAGUGUUGUAUUUUGAUCUGAAAUUUGUUGUAUGGUAAAAGUAAUUUUCUUUUCUGUAUUGGAAGUUCAUUUAAAACUUGAAAUAUUUUCUAGAACGGUACUGAACAAAAUAAAUUGUCUUUAAGCUGUUUAAUUAACCUAAUAAAAGAACUUGAUGGGGAA